ACAACGUCUUCUCCUACCGCGUCCAGAACCGGAGCGCUGCUCCUCGUGUCCCACAUCAUCAUACCAGUUGUAGCUCGUCGCAUCGACAGCAUCCUCAACAUGGACACUGCGGAGAAUACGCAACACCAUUUCCGAUCCUCCGUCAUCCGGCCUCACAGCAACCUCCCGCGACCAGGCGCCUUCUCCUCCGGCCUCUCUGAAAUGAGCGAAGCACAGAACAACGCGCGCGCGCACCCGUCAAUGAUUCCACCGCCGGCGUCCAAGAUCGGCUCGCUCAAUGCCGCGAUGAAGAGGGAGGUUCCGAAGCCAGCUGAGCAUUCAGCUACCAAGCACCACAAGACCCUCGCCGAGAGGGCAGGCGAAUACCCGACGAAGUCCUCGGCGGCGGCAGGUGCUUCCGGCAUCGCCAGGGCGCCCUCUGUCAGGCGGGUGCCCGGAUCAACAUUGGCUGAGAUGGCCCCCGAGUCGACUACCGCAUCCAGUAUCGUUCUCCGUUUCGACGGUGUUCGGACGAUCCUGUGGAUAGCGGUCCAUCUUUUCCGCUCUGUACGGCAUAUUUGGCGGGCGGUCGUCCGUUCCGUUCCUCAUCCGUCCUUCUGGCAAAGGCUGCUUGUCCUCUUUCCACUUAGCUGGAUCCGGACCGACUUGAAUGGAUUUGAUGUUCGACGUACUCUGAAUCACCGACGCUCUCGUCCUCGAAACGGUUCCACGGCCCCUGCCCCAACGUAUAUCCGCAGCGUCUCUGGUCGACUGCAGCUGUGGCUGGGAUUACAAAGCGACAGCGACGACACGCGCAGCAGCGUUCGACUUCUCCUAGACGCCGAGGUACAAGACGGUGAAUGUUAUCGGGCCAUGGAAUGCGACGAGGACGACGAGACGGACGACAGGGAUGAGCUGCGAUGUCUCAAAAACCCAGACAAUAUCAGACCUCGAAAUGGAACAACAACAUCACGAUACAAUCAGAAUAGCAGCUUCUCCGCGAGUGUCGGCCCCAGAGGCCACGAACGCGCAAAGUCCUCCCUUGCUCACUCAAAGUCGGUACACGGACAACCCCGGACCCGAAACGCCAAUCCGCAUACGAGACCGCGCACGGCAUACGGUCAUCGAUCAGAGGAGGAAUUCGAUGGACCAAUAGAACAACAGCAUGGUACGACUCUGCAAUCCCAGCGACUGAACUUUCUGCGACCCCUUGAAUUUCAGCCCACCAAGGCUAGACAUGCCAGUCACACGUCACAAAUGCAUUCGCACAGAGAAGUCUCUCUGAGCAGCCGGUUUGGUGCACUAUCCAUCAAGGACGACACCAGUACAAGCUCAGCACAAUAUGAAGAUCAAGUGGUUUUCAGCCAACAUGAAGACAACAGCGCCAGUCCAAGGUCGACGACGGCGAGCAUCGCGCAAGUGGACAACGUCACCAUGAGCACGUCAUCACGCAGGGCCCUCAUGAGACCGCCAGAUCUGUCACCGAAGAAGAGGCAGGCCAGUCGCAUGACGGAUCCUGUCACGCCUUCACCAGAUUCUAAGCGAUCGAGGGCCAUGAUGGAAAGACUCGAGGAAACAAUAAUGGCCAUCAAGGACUCCAGAUCCCCUGCCAGAUCCCCUUCUCCUUCCAGACUUCACUUCCUAACAAAAGAUUCUAACUUGACUCAAUUCGUAGGCUGGGAUGUCGAGGGCAGGGUCGCAGAGCUUGACUCGCAGUUCAAACAAGUGAAGGAAUCUAUGACUGUCAUGCUCUCCGAUAAGGAGCUGAUGGACGAGCGAGUGGACAUGUACAAAAAGAGAAUCUCGGAACUCGAAGCGGAACGAGACAAACUCGAAGACCGCAAUGGAAAUUUUCAAAACGAGAUUAGCAGCCUGCGCGAACAGAUGCAAAAACUGACCAUUGAAUCCGAAACGGAGAAACGCAGCCACAAGUAUGAGCUCGAGGAUGAGGCCCGGAAGCACCGUCAUGAGCUCGACGAGCUGCGGCGCGAGCUCAAGGACGAGACGCAGCGGGCGGAGAAGAGCCACCGAGAGGCUUUGGAUGCUCUCGAGCGACAUUUCAAAGCAGAGAUUGAGGAAGAGCGUAAUCAAAAGUCCAGAGAGGUUCAAGAUCUACGCACACGGCUGGGCCACGAGCAACAAGACCUCAGCAUCACCCUUCAGAAGAAGGAUAGAGAGGUGUCAGAUAUUAGAGGAGUGGUAGAGACACUCAAGGGAGAUCUGGACCGCGAGCAAAGUCUCAAGAAGGGCCUCGAGGCCAGCAUUUCGGAGCUCUCUGCCUCCAACGUCACCCUAGAGGCCAAGAUUAACUCCCUCAAGUCUCAUGUCGAGUUCCUCGAGUCCGACAGUAAGGCUCAGUCGGAUUCUUUCUCCAACAUGGAGGCCAGACUCCAAGAAGCGCUCAAGGCUGCCCAAGUGGCUGAGGAGAAGCUCAUCAAGGAGGAGACGGAACGCCGUGUUCUCUUCAACAAAUACCAAGAGCUCAAGGGCAACAUCCGCGUCAUGUGCAGAGUUCGUCCUGUGCUGAACCCGUCAGAAGGGGCGCCGGCCAAGGUGACCUUCCCUGACGAGAAGACGUCUGCCGAGAUCGCGUUGCAGACGCAGGAGGUCAACAGUUUCGGCGACGUCUCGAACAAGAACAUCAACUUUGAGUUCGACAGGGUGUUUGACCCGUCAGCCCAGAACCAAGACGUAUUUGACGAGAUUUCGCAGCUCGUGCAGAGCGCGCUCGACGGAUACAACGUGUGCAUCUUUUGCUACGGCCAGACGGGAUCUGGAAAGACGCACACUAUGUCUUCGGCAGACGGCAUGAUCCCUCGCGCGACGCACAUGAUCUACGACACGGUCACCAAGUUGAAGGAGAAGCAGUGGACCUACAAGAUGGAGGGCUCCUUCAUUGAGGUAUACAACGAGGAGCUCAAUGACUUGUUGACGCCCAACAGUCGCGAAUCAGACAGCAAGGUACGCAAGCUCGAGAUCCGGCACGAUGACGCCCGCAAGCAGACGGCAGUGCUCAAUUGCAAGACUGUAUCUCUUGAUUCGGCCGACACGGUUGAAGUGAUGCUUGCCGAAGCGCAGAACAACCGAUCGGUGGCGGCGACCAAGGCCAACGAGCGGUCGUCGCGUUCGCACAGCGUCUUCAUCCUGAAGCUGUCUGGCUACAACUCGGCAACAGGAGAGCGGUGCGAGGGUACGCUGAACCUGGUGGAUCUUGCCGGCUCUGAGCGGCUCAAACACUCGCAGGCCGAGGGCGCCAGGAUGAGGGAGACACAAAACAUCAACAAGUCUCUGUCGUGUCUCGGCGAUGUGAUUGAGGCACUGGGCAAGAAGAGCGGGCACAUUCCCUACCGCAACUCAAAGUUGACGCAUCUGCUUCAGUAUUCCCUCGGAGGCAACAGCAAGACGCUCAUGUUUGUGAUGGUCAGCCCGCUGGAGGCGCAUCUGAAGGAGACGGUGACGAGUUUGCGUUUUGCUACCAAAGUUCAUAAUACCCACAUUGGCACUGCCAAGGCUACGAAGAAGGCGUAG